CCCCAUCAAUAUUUAUCACUCCCCUCUCUUCUCCUCCUCCUCCUUCCUUCUCUCUCUCUCUCUCUGAGCUCCUCUUACAGAGAGAAAGAGAGACCCACUUCUCUGUGCCCCUCCUCAUCAGAAAAAAUAAACAAUGGAGGACAUGUACGGACUACCCUCCUCCUCAUCAUCAGCCCAACCGCAAGUCGACUACUUCCCCAUCGACGACCUCCUCGACUUAUCCAACGACGAAAUCUUCUCCAACUCCUCCUCCACUUCCUCCGCCGACUCCCACCCUCACUACUUCCCUCCACCUCCUCCCCCAGCUGGUCUCUUCAACCCCACCGCCUCCACCGACUUCACCAACGCCCUCUGCCUCCCGAGCGAGGACGUAGCGGAACUGGAAUGGCUGUCGCGGUUCGUGGACGAUUCAUUCACCGACUUCCCACCCCCGGAGCUGCCGCUUCCCAACGACAAGUCGUUUUCGAAUCCCAACCGACCCCAUAAUACCAAGCCCGUUUGCCGUGAGGAAAACCCGGAGCCGAUUCGUCGGUGCACGCACUGCGCGUCGGAGAAGACGCCGCAGUGGAGGACGGGUCCAUUGGGCCCGAAGACGCUGUGCAAUGCCUGUGGGGUUCGAUACAAGUCGGGUCGGCUCGUGCCCGAGUAUCGGCCCGCGGCAAGCCCGACGUUCGUGCUGACUCAGCAUUCUAACUCGCACCGGAAGGUGAUGGAGCUUCGUCGGCAGAAGGAGGUGUCGUCGUCGUCGCAGCAGCAGCAGCAAGCGGAGGAGGAGGAGCAGCAGAGGCGAUUCUAUCUUCACCCGAACGCGUUUCGGGUGUCCUGACGUGUCGGCCUGUGGUGAAAUGUGAGAUUGGGAUAGUAAUGUUUUUUGCGAUACCUUUGUGGUUAUUUUAUCAAAAUUUCUCGAAAGGUUAUAAAUUUAAAUUUAUUUUCG